AUGCCAGCGAGAAUGCUGCGGACUGUACCCCAGGAGGCGACGGAGUUCAACCAGAGGAUGGGGUGCAUGGCCGGUGUGUUCCAGAUCUUCGACCGCCGCCAUGGCCUUCUCACGGCGAGACGACGCGGUGGCUGUCGGGGAGCCCGGGGCACGGCGCCUCCAGGUCCAGGCCACGAUCAUCUACGAAGCAGUGGCAACGACUCGGUGCAAAAGUCAUCUACUUCAGAUAUCACUCUGGACAAAACCUUCAGCAAAAGUAUGACUGAUAACAGUUAUCUUUCAGUGGAAUCAUCAAAAGCAUCCUCUUCUUCCUCAGCAUGCUCUUCGCUCUCAUCCCGGGAUAGCAAUAAACCAGUAAAACAGGAGCUCCUCGACAUCAGUGAGGAGCCCUCUGUUGAGAGGCCAACAAGGAACUCACCAAGCUUGAAGUUACUGAAGAUAGAGGCUGGACCCAGAAGCGCGAAAACCGGUUCUGGAGACACCAUGCAGGGCUCCGAGAGCCAGGACUCCCAUGACCUGACUGUAAGGACCUCGGCGAAGGAGGUGACAAAUGAGUUGCACAAAGAUUCGCCAAGGCCAUUGCUGAUCUCCAAAUUAAAAAAUGGAACUUAUGUGAUUGGGGUAGAUAGGAGUACCUCGGUUCCAGCCUAUGGCCGCGAAUCCAGCAGACCGUCACGCUUCUCAUGUGAUGAUCGGCAACUCCUGCGGUCAGUUGAAGCUCAGGGCAGAAAGAAGCCUUCAGCAAGGUCUCGGGAGCUCCCUAGGCUGUCCUUGGACAGUAGGAAAGAGUAUAUUAAUCCAAGUUCACGUCCGAAGAAUGUUGCUUACACAAGAACCGAUGACAAUCUCAUUGAUGCUUUGAAGCCCCAAGAUUCGCCGAGCCAUCGGAGGGCUAGCAGCGUCGUUGCCAAGCUCAUGGGUUUGGAAGAAACUCCUCGUGCCUACGAGCCUGCAAGGUCACCAAGAAUAGUCCAUGACGCACAAAAUGAUGGUCACUCACAAUCCCACAGGAUGGUGUCCCCAGAUCCCACUGUAUCUCAGCUGAAGAAACAGUCUCCAGUACUGAAAACCAAGCAUUCUUCAAGAACUCUCCCUAAAGCUGCCCCUUGGAAGCUGCAGGAGAGAGGUGCAACAGGCUAUAAUGCUGAAGAGAAGCCACCGAGUGCAUCCUUCUAUGCCAACAUACAAACAAGGCUCAGAGAUCUUAACCUGUCUGAAUGCAAUAAGGAUUUGAGGGCUCUAAGGAUACUGGGUGCAUUGCACGCAGAGGACACCCCAUGCCAGAGUGAAACUGAUGGCGUCUCCUUGCCCAUUCACAAAGCAGAAGCUGAACUGGCCGCUAAUUCUGAAAAUUUUCAGUCACCCAUUGUGAUCAUGAAGCCAGCAAGAGGCAUCACAAAACUUGAUACUCCCCCUUCCGAGCCAAAAGGCUUUGGUAAACUGCAGCACGAGGAGCCAUCUUUUACCAGAAAAAGUGGGAACAUGGACAGGAAGAAGAUCCAUUCUGGUAACGACAGCCUGCAUUCCAGGGGCAAGGAACCUAUAAAAGGCACAAUCUCACCGAGGCAUUCCAGUUCAUUGAGCCCCACGGUGGUGCUGAAGAAGGCUGACCUUGAAAGGAUGCCUCGCCCGGUUCCUCUAGUGUCUCCAAGCAAGAAAUCCAAUGAAGCAGUGUCCCCAAGGGGCAGACAAAGAUCAAAGCUUGUACCAGCAAAAAAUAUCUGCAGUGACGAUGAGGUGUUGCGGAUUCCUGAAAGCAAAAUCAGGUUGGCAAAGCAGGUUGAUCUUGGUGUAAUUGGUUAUCCAAAUACAAUGGAUCCCAAAUCAUCAUUUCUCCGUCAAAGCAAUUCAACUUCAGCACUGAAUCAUGAGAAAACUUCUACAGUUCAGUCUAGGAACAAGAAGAAGAUCCAUCCACUUGAGAACAUCAAGAGUCCUGUAUCAGUUCUUGAUGUCUCGUUAUAUCAUGACGGGUCUUCCCCUUCACUGAGGAGGAUCUCAGAUUCCUUCAAAGAUGGUGAGACACAUACUUCAGAUGAGUGUUUGAAUUUAACAAGCCUCCCUGACACACCAUCGUCGAAGACAAGCAGUGAGGACAAGCAGAUAAAGCCAGAAAACAUGAAAGCUCUCAUCCAAAAGCUUGAGCUCCUACAAUUUUUGAGUGAUGAAACUCUGAAGACUAAUAAAAUUGUGUCAUCAGUUACUCCCAACAAGGAUCACCAGUACAUAUAUGAUAUAAUUUAUGCAUCGGGUCUCCUGCACAACGAACUAAGUUUGAAGACUAUGCCCCGUCAGCUGUGGGCAGCCAGUUACUCAAUUCAUCCAGAGCUUUUCCUUAUCCUUGAGCAAGCAAAGCCAGACACCGGAAAGCUUCACCGUAUGUUCAUUUUCGACCUUGCAAAUGAACUCAUCACCAAGAAAAUGGAUAUCAACCAAACGAGUCGAUCAGCACAGUUUCUUCCAACCAAGAAGUUAAGUGGGUGGCAAAUUUUUAAGGACUUGUGUGCAGAGAUCGAUGGUCUGCUGUCCACGGCCUCCAUGAUAAGAUGCUCUGAGGAGGAAGAAGAUGGGAGCUUGCUAGCUGCGGAUGCAUCAUCUGGAAUGAAAGAAUGGAAGACUUUUGACAGUGAGCUACUAGAGAUUGUUUUGGAUAUUGAAAGAUCCAUCUUUAAGGAUCUUAUUGAUGAGGUGAUAAGUGAGGGAGCCAGUGGAAAAGUGCAACAUAGGCAACGGAAGCUAAGGAGGCAUCUGCCUUUCAUUAGCAUAUAG